UAAUCAAGUGCUGGCGACAACACCGUCCGCGAAGACGGAAGAGAAGGACAUGAAAGUAGUUACUAAAUUCUCCACCACUGGUGUAAAUUUCCCCUUGACGCUAUCCCCUGAUAUCGGAGGGCAAGAUGUCGUCAUCUCUCAUCUGAUAAACAAGUUCCCCAUCGACUUUGCAUGGAGGCUUCCACCAGGAGCAAAAAGCUCACCCUUAUCUGCUAUAUUCACGAGUUUAAGCAGACGCGCGACCGCCUACGUCUCUGGAAUAUGUCUGGCCCAGGCGUUUUAUGCGCGGGCCCACAAACGGCAUGAUCUUAUGGCACAUGCAACAAUCCUGUAUAGUCGCUCGUUACAGCAUCUCCGCCAAGACUUGCAGGUAUUAGACAGGAGUACAUCUGCAGUAUCCAUGUACUCGAACUUGUGGAGUUCAUUUCUUCUUUGCCUUUACGAGAUCGUAUCUGGUGUUAGCUCGGCCGGGUGGCUUGAACACUGUCAUGGCAUCACCGCUCUUAUUCAAAUGCUAGGGCCUCAUGCCUUCCAGGAACUCGGCGCAAAUCUCAUGUUGGAGACAUACCGAGGCUUAAUUAUUGUGAAUUUUCUCGUCAAACGAAAGCGCUGUUUUCUCGAGGCUCCUGAUUGGAAGACGGUCCCCUGGACCAUCAAGAGGAAGUCACUAGGUUCGCAGCUCCAGGAUCUUUUCUGUGACGUCCCAGGGCUUAUGGAGGAGGUGGACGAGAUAAUGCAACAGUCAGCAUUGGGUCAUGAAACUGACACCAUGGAAGAGAACCUACGUGAGAAGGUGUCAAUUCUGAUGGAGCAAACAUGGCAGUUCCGUUGGCAGUGGGAGGCUGCGAACGCUAAUGCAUGCAAGGAGGUAACAUCCGCAGAAUAUGGCUCGAGCUCGUCAAGAGACCGGGGACCCUCGCCCUUUCCAACUGUUUUUCACUUUCAGAGCAUGGAUCGGGCUAUUGACAUUGCCUUUUUCAAUACCAUUCAACUUCUUCUCGACACCCUGUUGGAUCCCCUGGGACCUAGGUCAACGCCGUUUUUGAGUCCAUCACAACCACCAACGGGGCCCUUUACGAACCCUUUGCUUCUUCCGGGUCAAGGCAGCAGAGAUGAUCAUGCUCUUGAAAUCUGCCGAAUUGUCGAUUUUAUGUCCCAUUGCAAACAUGAUAGCCUGGGCAUGUUUAUGCUCAUGUUUCCUUUGUAUGUGGCACGCUCGUGCUUGGUUCAGCGUCCAGAUGUUAGCGCUUGGAUAACGAAUAUUUUAAGUACAUUAGUUCGCGAGAAGGGAUUUCAUAUUGGGGGACAUUUGUCGAAAGAGGAGUGAUGUUAAUUUGAUACUAGCAAAGAAAGAUAUC